GAUUUAAGGCUUGCUUUUAUUUUAGGUGGACUUCCCUAUGAUCUUACAGAGGGUGACAUUUUGUGUGUUUUUUCUCAGUAAGUGCUACAUUUUACAAUUAAUGAUCAUUUUAUUUGUUAAUACUCUGCUGUUGAAAUUUAAUAAAUUCUUGUGGAAAUUUCAACAGGAUAAUAAUAUUUAUCAAUAUUUGUUUUAUUGUAACAGAUAUGGUGAAAUUGUUAACAUAAAUCUUGUAAGAGACAAGAAAACUGGAAAAACAAAAGGAUUUUGCUUCUUGUGUUAUGAAGACCAGCGUAGCACUGUUCUAGCUGUGGACAAUUUUAAUGGAAUAAAGGUUGGUACGUUUAUCUUCAUCAGUGACAUAGAUGAAACUGAUACUCCCUUUUACUCAGGGACAUAGCUGAGGAAGAGCUAAGCAAGCUUUUUUAUUAUGCCUUCAGUGAUUAGCUUAAGCACGCAAAAUUUAGUUAAAAUUUUGUUAUUGUUCUUGGUCAAAAUUAAAUUCAGGUGAAAUUUUUUUUGUCCCAGGUUAAUUAUUUUCUCCUUUGUCUCCUACAACUGUUGACUCCCUAGCCUGAAAAAGCAGUCAACAUUUGGCAACAUUACCACUGGUUUCCCCACCAAAUGAUGUCUGAGAACCGAGCACAGAAAUUCCAUACUGAUGACACGUUACUACCCAAAUCUGGUUAGUGCUUUUGAUUGGUUGUGCCUCGUGGGAAAUUUGAUUCAACCAAUCAGAAGCACAACCCCAAACUGGACAGUGACGCAUCAUCUGUAUGGAAUUUUUGCGCUUGUUUCUAAUACGUCAUUUGGCAGGGAAACCAGUGGUAGCGUCGCCAAAUGUCGGCUGUUUUCUCAGGCUAUUAACUUCCCUAUGAUUUUUGGAAGCAGAUUUUGCACAUUUUAUUCCCAAGAAUAGGUGAUAAUUUUUAAAAAAAAGGUUGCCUCAAAAUUUUGGUAUAAAGAAAAAUUGUACCCUAAAAUGUGAUAAUGAACAUAUUGGUACUCCGUGUCCUUGCAAUUUCAACAAAACCCAUCAGAAUAGCUUAAACUUUCAAGAUGGCCAAAGUUCUCCAGCCUAAAACAUCCAAACAGACAAACAGGAUUUAGGACAGCUCCAAAUUAACAAAACUGACUUCUAAAGCAUAGGGAAAUACAUUCGAGACAUUUCUGACUUUCUUGGAAAGAUUCUUUCACUGGGUGCCCCUUACUGCCUCCUUAUGAACCUCUGUCAAUUUAAUUUUGACGUAAAUAGCAUAUUCAUAAUAGUACUAUAUAAUUUACAGUCCAUUUUUAAGUAUUAUAUUUUGUCCUUUUUGUGUCAUUUAGCUUGGUGGUAGAACAAUCAGAGUGGAUCAUUGUUCUAACUACCGGAGGCCAUUAAGUGAUGAGAAAGAUGAACAUGGGAACAGGAAAGAGAUUGUGGAAGUAGGGUGUGCCCCAAAGACACCCUCCCCUUCUCCCCCACAAUCUGAAGAAGAUGAAGAGGUUGCAGAUCUUCCAAAGAAAAGAAAGAAAGAAAAAAAGGCAAAGAAACAAAAGAAACAUAGAGAAGAAAAAUCUAAAAAGAAGCGGGAGACCAGUGGAUCAAGUGAGGAAGAAGGAGGAGAGAAAAAGCCUCGGCUUGAUUUGGUAGAUAAGGGUACUUCAAGAAGCGAACCAGGUAAGGCACAACAUAUGGAGAGAGAAAGGCAUAGAGAGUAUGAUCAAAAGGUGUCAUAUCAUGAGAGGGACAAGUAUGAUUCUCAAGGUAAAACUUUGCAUGAACGGGGACAUGAUGGUGAUAAUAAUAGAAAUUAUAAGAGACGGGAAGGUAUGGAGUAUAACUCUAAGGAUGAUCACAGUCACAAACAUGGGCACAGACAUGACUUUUAUGAUAAGGACACAGUUGAAGCACGUAAUUGGACUCGUAAGGAUAAUCGUAAUCAACAUGCAGAAGAUGAGCACAGAGUCCAGAGGGACAGAGGUGCUUCUCGCACAUCGCAUCAUGGCAACAGAGAUAAAUACUUCAUUGAGAGAAGAGACAGGUCUGAUAAACAAGACUACAGGGCUGCAGAUAGAGAUAGAGCUUAUGACAGAUCUGAUAGGUACAGUGAUCACAGGGGUCGCAAGGAUAGACGAUAG